AUCUUCAAACAGUUAAGAGCAGCUCAAGCAGGGAGCAGAGUCAAGCUGUGAGCUGAGCGACACCAAACCAGACGAGAUGAAGUUUUCCAUUUGGGUGUUUUCGUCGCUGUUCUGCAGCUUGAUUUUGGCCCAACAUGAAGGUCAGGCUGCUGAAAAAACUAGCCAAACAGAGGCAUGCUUUCCUGACAUGUGUGACCUCCUGAAAGACUUUGGUGCCCUGAGAGAAAAAAUGGGAAUCAUGGAAACCAGACUGAAGGACAGCGAAAACCAGAUUCAUGAACUGAAGAACAAAGAAACAACCAGGGUGGCAUUCAGCGCUGCAACAGGAGGCGAUAAUAACGCCAUUGGACCAUUUAGCACAGAUACGACUUUAUUAUUCAGAAAAGUUAUUACAAACAUUGGCAACACCUACAAUACUGAAACGGGUAUCUUUGCUGCACCUGUUGCAGGCAUGUACUACUUCACCUUGUUCCAUCACGCUGGAGGAGCACAAACAGCCAGUCUUUCUCUCAUCAAGAACAACGUUGUGGUUGUGAUGACCUAUGACCACGCGUCAGCACAAGACACGGCUGAUAAUGGAGGCAACGCGGUGCUCCUGCAGCUGCAGCAAGGGGACCAGGUGUAUGUUCGCCUGGAUGCAAACGCUCAUGUUUGGGGAAAUGAUGUCAUUACCACCUUCAGUUAUUUUCUGCUCAGUCAAGGUUGAGAGAUGGAUGUCGAGUAGACUGUUAACAUUAAAAUAUCUAAAUUAAGUGGUAAGUCACUAUAACAA